AUGGCGCUCGCGACGACGACGACGACGAGCGGCAGCGGCAGCAUCCCGCCGCUCGAGCUCACGCCGCUCGACGACAUCACGGCCAAGCACAAGACGCUCCGGGCGACGUUCCGCUCCGGCCGCACCAGGGACGUCGAGUACCGCAAGCAGCAGAUCCGCCGGCUGUACUGGGCCAUUGUCGACAACGCCGAGCUGAUGGAGCGGGCCCUGCACCAGGACAUGCGCAAGUCCAAGUUCGAGGCCAACAUCUCCGAGAUCGACUGGUGCAAGCAGGAGUGCCUCGACGCCGUCGCCGGCCUGGACGACUGGGUGCGCGACGAGCCCGUCCGCGGCAUGCCGCUGCAGUUCCUGCCCAUGAAGCCGCGCAUCCGCCACGAGCCGCUGGGCGUCAUCCUCAACAUUGGCGCCUACAACUUCCCCUUCCAGCUCAACAUCACGCCGCUCGUCGGCGCCAUCGCCGCCGGCAACACGGUGCUGCUCAAGCCGUCGGAGCUGGCGCCGCACUCGGCCAUGGUCAUCCGGAAGAUCGUGGACGAGGCGCUGGACCCCGAGAGCUACGCCUGCGUCAACGGCGGCGUCGACGAGACCAAGCACAUCCUGGAGCACAAGUUUGACAAGAUCGUCUUCACCGGCGGCCGCCGCACGGGCACCAUCAUCGCGCAGAAGGCGGCCGAGACGCUGACGCCCGUGCUGCUCGAGCUGGGCGGCCAGAACCCGGCCUUUGUCACGCGCAAGGGCGACGUCAAGCUCGCGGCCCGGCGCCUGCUGUGGCAAAAGUGCCUGAAUGCCGGCCAGGUCUGCCUCUCCCACAACUACGUCCUCGUCGAGCGCUGCGUCCUCAACAAGUUCGUCGACGAGCUCAAGAAGCAGUACGCCGUCUUCAUGCCCCAGGGCGCAAAGGCGAGCACCGACUUCUCCCGCAUCGUCAACCUCACCCACUUCAACCGGUUGAAGAAGAUGCUGGACAGCUCCAAGGGCACCAUCGUCAUGGGCGGGUCAAUGGACGAGUCCGACCUCUUCAUCGAGCCGACCGUCGUCUUGGUCAACGACGUCAAUGACAGCAUGAUCGUGGAGGAGAGCUUCGGGCCCAUAUGGUCCAUUCUGCCCUUUGAUACCUUGGAUGAAGCCAUCAACAUGGCCCACGAGGUCGACCCGACGCCGUUGGCUCUCUUCACCUUUGGCUCGGAUGCAGAGAAUGAGAAAGGCGGAGCCACCAUCAACGACGGCUUCUUCCACUCCAUGCUCAACCAGCAGCCCAUCGGCGGCGUCGGCACGUCCGGCACGGGCAGCUACCACGGCUACUACUCCUUCAAGGCCUUCAGCCACCAGCGGCCCGUCGCAAAGGUGCCCGGCUGGGCCGACAAGCUGCUGCGCGUGCGGUACAUGCCCUACUCGGCCAGCGAGUACAAGCGCCACCGCCGCAUGAACGCGCUCAAGCCCGACUUUGACCGCGACGGCCGCCUCGUCAAGGGCCUCCGGUACUGGGUCUCCGUGCUGCUGAGCCUGGGCUCCAAGAGCGCGGCCGGCCUCGUCUUUAGGUGGGGGGUCCUCGUUGCCUUGGCUGUGACACUGGGUCUGAAACGGAAGUCUCUAGGGAUGUGA